AUGAUCAUGGAGCCCACCAGCCCUAAAUUGCUGCCAGAUCCCUUGAAGGAACCGUAUUACCAGCCGCCUUAUACCCUGGUUAUUGAACUCACCGAUGUCCUGCUGCACCCUGAAUGGUCGUUAGUGACCGGCUGGCGCUUCAAAAAGAGGCCGGGCAUCGACAACCUCUUCCAACAGUUGGCUCCACUCUACGAAAUCGUCAUCUUCACCUCCGAGACAGGCAUGACAGCUUUUCCCCUCAUUGACAGCGUCGAUCCCCACGGCUUCAUCUCCUACCGGCUCUUCCGGGACGCCACUCGCUACAUGGACGGGCAUCAUGUUAAG